AGGACAAGAUGGGCUUGGCCAGACAGGUAGCGGUGGACAGGUAAAGGUUAGCAUUUCCGUCGUGCUUACAACUCAGGGGAAGCAUAUCGAUGAUUUGUUGACACCUUUGUUCCUCCAUUUUGAGCAGAUUGUGCUCUUUCCAACAGAAUCGAGAUAAUGGUGAAACAGGAGCAUGAGUGUGGCAACCGGCCUGACAACACUGCCUUCACUCAGCAGAGGCUUCCGGCAUGGCAGCCUAUGCUCUCGGCAGGCAUUGUGAUCCCAGGGUUUGUCCUCAUCGGGUUGGCCUUCAUUGGCAUUGGCGUUGCCCUCUUUGUCACAACGCAGAACAUCCAAGUGUUGGAGUUAGACUACACGGGGGUUGCAAACAAUACGCCAUGCUUCGUGUGUUCUUCCAACCCAAAUGUCAAGAAUUGUGUGUGCAUGCUGGACUUCUCCAUUAACACACUAUUUAAGGGGCCUGUGUUCUUUUAUUAUGGUUUGACGAACUACUUCCAGAACUACAGAAAGUAUGGUGUUUCCAAAGAUGCUAACCAGCUGUCUGGCAACCUGGAUUACUUUACAAGCCCCAGCGACACCUGUUCUCCCUAUCGGUAUGACAGCAGCAAUAAGCCAAUUGUACCCUGUGGAUCAAUAGCAAACAGCAUGUUCAAUGACACCUUCAAGCUGUAUCAGAUUGUCAGUGGGACAAAGAAGCAGGUGCCCUUGGAUGGGAAAGGAAUUGCAUGGUGGACAGACUACAAUGUCAAAUACAGAAACCCUUCUGUCGUACCUCUGAAGAACGCGUUCAACGGUACCGUGAAACCUAUAUUUUGGCCCAGGCCUGCUUACGAGUUGGACCCCACAGACCCUGCCAACAAUGGCUUCAUCAAUCAGGAUUUCUUGGUGUGGAUGAGGAGGGCAGCCCUGCCAGAUUUCAGGAAGCUGUAUCGCCGAAUCACAGAGGGUGAUUAUGCGCAGGGUCUACCAGCCGGAAACUACUCCCUGGAAAUUGCCUACAACUAUCCUGUUAAGAGCUUUGAUGGGAGAAAGAAGGUGGUGUUCAGCAAUGUGUCAUGGAUGGGUGGCAAAAAUGAGUUCCUGGGCAUUGCCUAUCUUGUGAUUGGUUCAUUGUGUAUCGUCAUGUCCGUAGUCAUGCUCAUUGUCUACGCUAAAUUCAAGUUUCCCGACGAAGAGUGAGUUCCUGGUCGUGGACUGUGGUUCAUUCUGGGAUUUAUCUACCCCAUCAACAAUUCUCCUUGUUUUUGUUGUUAUUAUUUUAUUUUUCCUUUUUCUGAAAUGGGAUGAUGAAAGCACAGUGAAGUGCUAACAUAAAUUUGAGGAUACAACUCGAUAUGAACUGAAAUUACAUGUUACAUGAAGACUUCCCUUAAGGUGCAGAAGAAGCUUGGUGUCAUUUUGUGAGGCAUGACUGGACACCAGAUUUGUGGGCCCCAUUGGAACAUUUCCAACAUGGAUGCAUGUGCAGAAACACUUCAGUGUCAGUUAUCAUUCAUUGCUCAUGGAAUAACUUUAAUAGGUGUCUCUUGUUGGUAUGACAAAUUUGAGAGCUCAUUAGGGAAGUGUCAUAAUAAUAAUGUAUGUUAUUUUGUUGUAAAUUUAGCUAUACUUUCUUGAUAAAGCCUUCACUAUGACUCUUAGGGAUUGAAUGUGAAGGUAGAAUUGAUGUGUACUGUGUUAUACAAUACUUGGAUAUAGCAAGGUGUUUGUUAUUUCUUAAAUUGAUACUUUUAAUUUAACAUUAGCUUCCACCUCUUCCACCUUUUAAAGCCAUAAACGAUUUGAAAAGCCAUUUGUUACUGGACAAAAAGUUACUUGAUGUGUGUAAAAUUUAUAAGUCAGCUUUGAAAUAAUGUUGUAAAGUGUGGGAAUAUAUUGCUCUUCAAACUCAGGGAACAGGUGUGCAGAUUGUUGUCUUCUUUGUGCUUGAGAUUUUACAUCAUGUUUAUUUAUUUAAUAAAACAUCAAAACCAUA